AUGAAAGCGGGCGAGAGGAUGCAUCUGUUGGACUCCAGGCUUGCAGUCGGGACUUACACAACUCUGUGGGAGGAUGGGACCAGCGGCAUCCCUCCGUCAUCUUCACCUGGCCUGGCCUUGCAACCCACUGAGCCAGCUCCGCAGAGCAGCCAUUACUGCCAUUCCCAGAAGGGUCCUGGCAGUCACUGCGACCCCAAGAAGAGGGCCUGGCGGCAGCUCUGUGUGGCUUCUGCCUUCUGCCUGUUGUUCAUGAUUGGGGAAGUCAUUGGUGGGUACCUGGCACAUAGCUUGGCGAUCAUGACAGAUGCAGCCCAUAUGUUCACUGACUUUGCCAGCUUGCUUAUCAGCCUCUUCUCCCUGUGGAUGUCUUCCCGGCCAGCCACCAAGACCAUGAACUUUGGUUGGCAUCGAGCUGAGAUCCUGGGUGCCCUGCUCUCUAUGCUGUCCAUCUGGGUCAUGACGGGGGUGUUGCUGUACUUGGCGGUGGAACGGCUGAUCUCUGGACACUAUGAGAUUGAGAAGGAGACUAUGCUGAUCACGUCGGGCUGUGCUGUGGUCAUGAACAUCAUAAUGGGGUUGAUUCUUCACCAGUCUGGCCAUGGACACAGCCACAACCCCGAGCACGGCCACAACGCCAGCCAGGAGCAGGGAAGCCCCAGUGUCCGAGCUGCCUUUAUCCACGUCAUUGGAGACUUUCUGCAGAGCUUGGGUGUUUUGGUGGCAGCCUUUAUUUUAUACUUCAAGCCAGAGUACAAGUUUAUAGACCCCAUCUGCACCUUCCUCUUCUCCAUCCUCGUCGUGGGGACAACCUUGACCAUCCUGAGAGAUGUGAUCCUGGUGCUGAUGGAAGGGACCCCCAAGGGCGUGGACUUCACAGCCGUGCGGAAUCUGCUGCUGUCCAUGGAGGGCGUGGAAGCCUUGCACAGCCUGCACAUCUGGGCGCUGACCAUGGCCCAGCCUAUCCUGUCUGUCCACAUCGCCAUCGCUGAGAACGCAGAUGCCCAGGCUGUGCUGAAGGCAGCCAGCAACCGCCUGCAGGAGACGUUCCACUUCCACACCAUGACCAUCCAGAUCGAGAACUACUCUGAAGACAUGAAGGACUGUCAGUCCUGCCGGGGCCCCUCAGACUGACCACCUGGCCAGGCACCAACGGGGCGGGGAUAGGCCUGCCGAUGGCUGGCCCCCCUCACCACCCCACCCCCCCCCGCCCCUGCCAGGCUCAGCCAGGUCUCUGCCUGCCCUGGAGAACCAGGUCCUUCUCCUAAUCGCUGCUCCAUGUUCAGUGUCAAGGGGCAUUGUCCAUCUCUGGGAACGGGUUCUUCCCUCGCCUCCCUCAUCUGACUACCCCCAGCCCCAGGAGGGGAACCUGGCAGGUAUGGAGCUGGUGUGACCACGUUCCUCCGGCUCCUGGCGGGGCAGAGUUUAGGCCUAGUCCUCAGCUAAUGCCACCCCACCACCAGCCUCUGGAAAGGCAGUGAGGCACAGAGACGGGUGGCAGAGGGGAGGCCGGCCUCGCUGUCUCCUCACCUGCCUGCUUCAUUCCCCAUCUUCGGUCUGUCUGGCCUCUGCCUCAUGCAUCUGUGAAGCAGCUCUGCAAACCCAGUCCCCUUCCUCUGCCUCUGACAAUACGCUUUAAGGAGGCCACGGGCCCCAGAAGGCACCUGAGGCUGAUCUGUGCCUGAAUCAUCUCACUAUGAUUUCAUUUCACAUUUCCUUUUCCUGGAGGGAGGGGGCUUCUGACUAGGUAAGGACCUGCUGAAUUCUUCUUUCCUUAUCCCUCCCUCCCCCAGGAAGCUGUGCCAAUGCAAAGGUGCCCUGGCAGGAGAGGUGGAGAUGGGCUGAGAUUUCAGCUUGGGUUCUGCCCCCAGCAGCCCCAGAGCUCGUUGGCCACUCCUCUUGCUCUGACUGUGUCCUGGGGUCAAGGAGCCUGAUGUCAGAUAUGGUUGGGCCAGCUCCAUUGUCUGUGUGUUCUGGCCUGCGUGUCGUCCUGGACGACAAAGUGUGUAC